AUGCGUUUCUCAAUUAUUACCAUCACAUCCGCAGUUGUUGCUGCUGCGGGAACAAACGCCAUUGACGUGGCUGGUAAGUUCCACAUUUUUAGGCCUAGCAAUACACAAUCUGACAUUUCGGAAGAAAUUCCCGGUUAUGAAGCAAUUCCCAAGGCCGCAACAAACAAGUACAUUCAGGAUGCACCUUCGGCCAUUCCCGAUUUUGCGCCCGGCUCAUUCGAGCCAACGUACAUGCCGGAAGAGGACCUGAAGCCGAGUAGCAUACAAGCACGCAGCGUCACUCCCACAUCGGGCACCGCCAUCCCCAGUCCAGUUGCCGACGAACCGUCUGAUGACAGCUAUGAAGCCUUUAUGGAGUGGAUGAACGCCCGUCUAGCUCAGGGAACCUCCGAAGAGGCUGAGCACAGCCAUGUCGCACGCAGUGUUGCUCCUUCGCCCAGUGCAAAGGUUGAGCCCCCUACCGACGGUCCGGCUGAUGACACAUAUGAAGCAUUCGUCACCUGGAUGGAGUCUCGCUACUCCAAGGACUUCUCUGAACAGGUCAAGCAGAAGAUGCAUGCUCGAGAUGCCCCACCUGAGCCACAGCACACCACUACCGCCGCCACUGCCACCGCGGCCCCCACUGACGGUCCUGCUGAUGAGAGCUACGAAGAGUUCGUACAUUGGAUGAACUCUCGCUACCCUCAGGGCAUUUCUGAAGAAGACGAACACAAGAACUUCGCUCGUUCCCUCGAUGAGCAUGAUGAAUACCCUUCUGAGGAUUAUCACGAGCUCAAUGCCAGAUCUGUAGAUACCGACGAGGUAUCGCAAGAUCAGGGACACGAGAUGCCUGAUUGGAACCUUGCCUGGAAUGAGGAAGUAGAGCAUCACCUCCAAGCCAGAUCGGCUGAAGAGGAUUACGAGCAGGAGUCUAGUACACCAGCUCAGGGUAACCCGAUCGAUGCCCGCACCGAGUCCGAGAGCGAGUAUCCUUAUCUCGAAGAAACCUUCGAGGAGUUCCUUGCUCGCCAAGGCUUCAGCACCGAGCAAUACGCCCAGGACGGCAAGCCCACUGAAUCACACGAGGAGGAGCCCAAGCCUCAGGUGGCAGUUGACUCGAAGCCAUCAGUCUCUGAGGUCCCUGCUUCUCCAGCCGCCGCUCCUACCCCCAAGCCGACUUCUGCAGUCACCUCGUCUGCAACCUCUUCGACAUCCGCAUCGCAAUGGUCUGGCCCGAUGAGUGAGACGGCCACUGGCUCGUCAAGCUCUGCUACCAAUGUUCAAGCACGCUCUGUGAGUUCCCACUACCGAUUCCGCCACCACUCAGCACAUGCGUCGAACAGUGGUACGGUGAGUGCAUCUUCUGCAACCAGCUCUACCACCACAAGUCGCAAGGGAUUCUUCAACCUUCCCUGGUAG